AUGAGCAGUUCCUGUGUGACAUUGGCCGAGGUCCUGUGGGCAAAAGGAAGCCCCUUGGAGGAAGAAGAAAUAUGGGCACUCCUGUAYCUGUCCACAAUGCAGCUGCUGGAGGAUCUUCACAAAGACCCUGCCAUCUGUGUGAUUUGCCCAUGGUCAGUACUACUGUCUGCUGAAGGAUAUUUGUCCUUCCAAAACAAUACAUCUCUGACAGAAGCUGCCCCUUUCAGUCCACCAGAAUUGCUCCACCGUCCAAGUAAGAACCAGCGCUUUGGACUAACAAAGAUGCUGGUGUAUUCCYUAGGAAUGACCCUCUAUUGGUCAGCAGAUUACCAGGUUCCUCCAAACCAGUCCCUCCAGCUGAGUGACCAGCUCCAUACACUCUUGCUGACACUGUGUGAAGAUCUGCCACAUAGAAGACUUUCUCCUGAAUCAAUCCUGGAAGCAUGCGAAGAACAYCAGAGGGAAUCUGCUUCCUUACCAGCAAAAGUCUACAUAAAGAAAAUGGUCCAGUUUGCAGUGGGAAGUGUCAGUGAGGUGGAGCAGGUGCUCACCGAAGACAGCACAGCCUCUCAGCUGAACAGAAGUCACGUGAUAAGGAAAAGACUGCAUGAAAAAAUAUCGGACACCUCAACGCUGUCAUCCCAGAUGAAUUUUCACCAAGACAAAGGGUCCAGAUUAAUGAACUAUAGUCAGUCAACAGAAGAUUACAGRCAACUGUCUGUGGAUUAUAGUGACUCUAAUAGUAUUUCUGARAGUACAUCUUUGAUACUGUCUAACCGAGGACACAGGAGAGGGAGAGCUCCAGAAACACACAGGUCAUGUGACCCCUCACUUAGUGGGUCAAGGACACAAAGUAGCUACAAGCUUUUCAUAAACAGGUCGGUCAGUGCUGUAGAAGAAAUCCCUGGUGGAACUCAGAAGAACAGCCGACAGAACCUGCUAAGCUUGGGCUCCACCUUCUCUGUGUCUACAAAGGACUACUCAGCAGCUGCUGCAUCACAGAAAUGUUUCUUCCACCGGAAGGAAAAGUUUUCAGGUCCAGAAUUUAUUAUUUUGUCUAGUGAACCACCAGUGACCUUACAGCUGCCUGGAUCAAUUGUGACUAAAAAAGGGAAAUCCUAUUUGUCCCAAAGGGAUCUCAAUGUGAUUCUACUCAAUGGACAGUGCCUUGAGGUGCAAUGUGACAUCAAGACCAAGGCAAGAGAUGUUUUCAACACUGUGGUGGCAUAUGCAAACUUGGUGGAACAUUUCUACUUUGGCUUGGCUUACCUGAAAGGUAAAGAAUUUUUCUUUUUGGAUGAGGAAACCAAACUCUACAAAGUGGCCCCAGAUGGCUGGAAUGACCAACCCAAGAAGAAAAUGUCCAUCAUUAACUUCACACUCUUUCUAAGGAUAAAAUUCUUUGUCAACCACUUUAAUGUUAUUCAGCACGGCUUGACAAGGCAUCAGUUUUACCUGCAGCUUCGUAAAGAUAUUUUGGAGGAGCGACUAUAUUGCAGUGAUGAGACUGCCCUGAAACUUGGUGCUUUGGCUUUACAGGCAGAACUUGGCAAUUAUGCUUCUGAGAUGCAUGGAAAGAGCUAUUUUCGUGUUGAAGACUAUGUUCCAGCAAGUCGAAUAGAGAAAAUGACCCUGGCAUAUGUACAGCGAGAGCUUGCUAAAUUACAUCGUAUGAAUCGCUCCCUAUUUGAGGACGAAGCUGAACUAGAAUUUUUAAAGGUGACUCAGCAACUUCCUGAAUAUGGAGUGUUAUUCUAUCGUGUGUCCCAGGAUAAAAAAGGGACAGAAGGGGAUAUCAUCCUAGGAAUCUGUGCCAAAGGCAUCAUUGUCUAYGAGAACAAAAAUCACACAAGAAUUGCCAGUUUAAGAUUCCAGUGGCGUGAAACAGAGAGAAUUUCAGCUCAYAGAAAAAAAUUCAUGAUUGAAAGCAGCUUCAGCGGCAAGAAACACACUUUCAUUACYGACACAGCAAAGACAUGUAAAUACCUACUGGACCUCUGCUCUGCCCAGCACAAAUUCAAUGCACAGAUGAAUUCUAGACAACUUCGGCAAAUUUCAUCAGAGGACAGUAAAUUUGUGGAAAUAGACAAAUCAAAUUCUGCAUAUGCAGCUCAGCGUGAACACCUUGCCCUUAUUCAGAGACUGUCUCGCUCAGAGAAUGUCCUCUAUGGAGCAAACCUGGAAAACCUUUCUGCUGGGAUAAUGAGCAAAUCUUGUGAUAACCUCAGUGUGGAAACCAACAMCAGGACUAGAGACAAAAGCAAUCUUGGCAGAUCUCUAUCAGGGCUAUCUCAGUCAGAAAUGCACAUCAAUUUGAAUGGAAAGCAAAGGAGUUAUGACUUCCUCUCUAUCCAUUCAACUCAGAACACAAUCAGUGCACCUGGAUCACCAGCCAUCCAAAAGGAAGUUUUGCUUAGUGGUCUAGAAAGAGAAAUCAUUUGCGUCAGCCUAAAACGUGAUGCUAAGAAUGGAUUUGGUUUUGUAAUUAUUGGAGGAGAAAACGUAGGAAAAUUAGACCUUGGUAUCUUUAUUGCUUCAAUUAUCCCUGGGGGACCUGCAGACAGAGCUGGAAAUAUCAAACCAGGAGGACGACUCAUCUCUGUGAAUAAUAUUAGCCUUGAGGGUGUUUCAUUUAAUACUGCAGUUAAAAUCAUCCAGAACUCUCCYGAUGAAGUGGAGCUCAUCAUCUCUCAACCCAAAGACAUGUAUGAAGAAGGAUUAAAUGAAGAAAAGAAUCUAUCAAGAGGAAACAGCACUAGUGGAUCUGAGAUCUCUUGUGUAGACAGUGGGAGAAAGAAGAUUCAGGAUUGUCAUACAGCUCUCCCCAAAGAACAGGACACAAAUAUAGAUGAACUUGAGAAGACUCUUUCCCGGAAUUUGGCACCAAAAUUGGGCCCUAGGAUUCCAGUUCCUUCAGCUGAUAGUCUGGAUGUAGAGGCAGCUGAUCCUUCUCACUUACCAUCUCCAUCAGAAACCAACUCAAAGGAAAUCUAUACAGUCGAGCUUGUUAAAGAAGAUGGGACUUUUGGAAUCAGUGUGACUGGUGGAAUUAACACCAGUGUGCGCCAUGGUGGGAUAUAUGUGAAGUCAAUUAUUCCCAASGGACCAGCAGAUAAGGAUGGACAAAUAAAGAUAGGUGAUCGUCUGCUGGAAGUAGACGGCAUCAGCCUCUGUGGCAUCACCCACAAACAGGCUGUGGAACGCCUUAAGAAAUCUGGCCAGAUUGCCAGCCUGGUUCUGGAAAGAGGAAACUACCAAUUGGCAGAUCCACGUCUGACUGCUAAUGACAGAAAGGAGGAGCAAUACACAGUUGUUUCUSUGGCAACAUCCCUCACAGAUGGUACCAAGGACUGCUGCUUUUUGACAGAUGAUAAUACAUUUGAAGUGAAAUUAACCAAGAAUUCGGGAGGCCUUGGAUUUAGUGUUCUGCAGAUGGAAGGAGAUGCUUGUGAACACCUUGGAGGAGAAAUUAUCAGGAUCAAAAGACUGUUUCCAGGGCAGCCAGCUGAAGAGAAUGGACAAAUAGAAGUUGGAGAUGUCAUUUUAGCUGUGAAUGGGAAAACUCUCCGAGGGCUCCUGUAUCAGGACGUUCUGCAUUUGUUGAGAGGAGCUCCUCGAGAAGUUACACUGCUGCUUUGCAGACCACCAAAAGGUGUUCUUCCAGAAAUUGAGCAAAUUGCUCUGACUCCAGCACCAUCUCCAUUUAAAGACUUUGAGGCAGAAAUGCCAGGCAGGACAGAGGCAGGAAACAGCAUGGAUCGAUCUACCAGUGAUGGAGGUAGCACCUCUCCAGAGCUCGAAGACUGCCUYGAUUCUCCAGUGGGAGAAGAUUUCAGUGAGCCCCCUGAGGAUGACAGCUCAGCUUAUGAAGAGCAGGAAGCUGAGYUUCAAGAGAAACACAUACAGAAACUCCCAACUUCCAGAGAGAGUUUCUAUAAGCAUCUUUGGAAGAUUCAACAAGAAGCUUCCAGUUCCAAAGUCUUCCACUCCCUAGAGGAAGAAAUGAAGCAGAACUGCUACUCACCAUGUGAAUUCRGCCAGGCCAAAAGCCGUGUAUUUAAUAAGAGUCAUGAUGACYUAACGAACACAAAAUGUAUGCCUGAAACUCUCUCUCUAACCCCUAUUGAUGAAGAGUAUCUCACUAUCAGCUCAAUGCCUGUGACCUCACUUUCGAGAGGAAGAAGCUCUGAGACARUCUCUGCAGCCACCGCCACCCCACAACCACGCGUUUGCGGUCCCUCAUCAUCCUCCCUGCCCACCAAAGAGACACAUGACAGUGACAACGAAUGGGAAGACUUAGAGGAACCAGAGGAAGAGAAGGAAGAAAAUGAAGGCUGCACUCAGGAAAUGGAAAUCUAUGUGACUUUGACGAAGUCAGAGAACAAUGGUUAUGGAUUCUCUGUAGUUCUUAACAAAAUGGACACUUGCCUGUAUGUUGAUGAAAUCUUGAAUGACCCAGCCCUUUCUGAUGGAAGGUUGAGAAGGGGAGACAGAAUCAUUAUGGUGAAUGGAAUUGAUGUCACAUCUUUACCAUGCAAUGAAGUCCUGACUUUACUGCAAAGCUCUCCUCCGGAUCUGCACCUUGUGGUUGGUCGUGUUGACAGUGACCCACAUCCCUCAGUUAGGCCAGAUGAGAUUCCUGAAAUUACUCUCACRAAAGGUGCCGAUGGACAGCUAGGCUUGAAGCUGACAGGAGGAGCUGGAAGCAAGUUACAAGGUAUUUAUGUGCUAGAGAUAGUGCCUGGCUCUCCUGCCAGUGUGGAAGGCAGUUUGCAGCCACGAGAUCAGAUUGUUUACCUCUGUGGACUGCGGACUGAGGGCAUUAGCCUGGAUGAUGCAGUGAGAGUGUGUGAAGCUGCCACCCAGAAUGUUCAAAUCAAAGCCACAAGAAAUGGCAAUCCAGUGGUUCCUAUAGAGCAGGAAAAUAGGCCACCGGCWGAAACAGAGAAAGCCAAUAUUUCUUUGUCAAAUGAAAACCCGAACUCCCAGGAACAACACCCGCUGCAUCAACAUGAGAAACAUUUGAAGGAAACAAACUGUGAUGCUCAGCAGAACACUCCUGAUUCUCCAGAAUGUAAAGACUUCAUUAUUAAGAUUGAGCUGGAAAAAGCAGAAAAUGGAAGCCUAGGAUUUGCACUGGUAGGUGGAAAAAAUGGCAGGGCUAUCCUAAUAAAAGCCAUCAGCCCGGACAGCAGUGCAGAUCUAGAUGGGAGACUUCAAGUUGGUGACAUCCUGCUUAAGGUGAAUGAGACUUUUGUGUCAGGUCUGCCACGCCAAACGGUUACAGAUUUGCUGCGCAAGGCUCAAGGCACUGUUCAACUCACUGUCUGCCGGAGCGUGGCUUUGCACUGGGCUUAUUCAGGCAACCAGAGCAACAAAGYUUCCACCCCAAAUACAAAAGCAGAGCCUGCAAGUGGUGAGGAAAGUCUGCAAGCUCAGCCUGUUUUCAGYUUCAAGGAAGAAGGCUCCAACCAAAUGUGCAACAAGGAUCCAGAAAGUGCRGACAAAUCUCCUCUGCAAGGUCAGCUGGCUGGACAAGACUAUACAGAUAUCAUCAGCAACAUUUCAGACAGGUCACAGAAAUGUGCAGAAUGUGAAAGCUGCAGAAGAGAAAAUCAGCCAUCUGAGUCAGGCAGCUGGAACAAUGAAGAUGAUGUUAUGCCCCACAGGAUUCCUGUUCUACCUAGAAGUAAUGUUAAAAUGAAGCAGUAAAAUACCUUUUCUUUGCAAAUUGAAAUAAAMAUCAAUAUAUCAGUUUGCGACCUAUGUAAUCAGAAAGUGCAGAAGCUGGGUAGAUGAAUUCAUGCUGAAAUGAGCAGCUAUGGAUGUCCUUAUUCCAGUGGGGAAAUAUGUUAUUUUACAACUUACCAUGCAAAAACUUUUCAUUUCUUUAACAGUAUAGCCCAGCACC